UUUGCCUCUCACUCCCAGCUCAACAGCUUUUUAUUCAAUAUAUUUCUUUGAAUAUAAUAUUUUAGAUAUUUUCGUUGGAUGUUAACUGAUCGUGCAAGUAAUGCGAGGCUAAAUAACUGCAGGUCCCGUCCUCUUUUCCCCUACAACAAGACACUUUGAAUCUCAAUUUCUCGGAGCCGCAGCCUGCAGCUGAGGCGCAGUAGCAUACAUUGACACAUAGGGAUAUGAUGAUCAGCAGCAGCAGAAGCAACAGGGGGAGUGGGACUGAGGCCUCUCAUCCAGAUGCUCAGCCCAGCAGCCCCACCCCUCUGAACAUGAACCACUACACCAAUAAGAAGAGUGCGGCAGAGAGCAUGCUGGAUGUGGCUCUGCUAAUGGCUAACGCUUCCCAGCUGAAGGCGGUGCUUGACCAGGGGUCCGACCUCUCCUUUUACACCCCCAUCGUUGCCCUGAUCAGCAUCUCCCUCUGUCUGCAGGUCACAGUUGGGGUGCUGCUUAUCUUCAUAGUUCAGUGGGACCUGAAUGAUGAACAAAAACACUGGAGGUCGGACGUUCUGGAGGACUUGGCCACAUGCCUGGUUUUUAUCAUAGUGGUUGUGAACGUCUUUAUUACAGCCAUUGGAGUCCACCGGCCCAAACACAGUGACUGAACAAUAAAACACAGCAGGAGGAGGAUAAAGCUGGAAACUGGACUCAUCUGACCACAGAAUCUUCUUCCAGUUCCUGGCUAUCCAAUUCUUGUGUGCUUGGGCCGAACAACGGCAGGCUAAUCUGACCUCUGUCUCUCAUUGAUCAGGGGCUUCUUGACAGCCCUGUCGGACCUUAAGCCAUGAUCUAAAAGUCAGCCACGUACAGUGCGAGUGGAACACUGGACACCAGUUUGGUUUGACCACCUGCUGCUGAAGCUCCUGUGAUGUCAUUCGGCGGUUUUCCCUGCACAUGCGGAUCAGGAUGCAGCUGUUUCUUGCUGAAGACACCCUUGGACGCCCAGAUCUUGGUUUGUCUUUCAAGCUAUUAGUUCAUCUGUAUUUCUGCAUAGUGUAUCCAACCGCUGAAGGACUGCAUCUGUACUUUCUGGCUAUUUGGCGGCAGCUGUACCCUUCCUGGUUGAGAAUCUGUAUCUUCAGGCAUGUUUCCUGCGUUAAGUUCCUUGCUUUAGACAUUUUUGUCUCUGAAGAACUUUCAAAUGUGCUGGCUUUAUAUAGACACUAAGCACAAUAACAAAAUAUGUGUCUUUUAAUAAAAAACACCACCUUCAUUAGUGUGUCACUUGUACCAAAAUGACCCAAUACUCGAAAUUUCUUAUGUAUUUUUAUGGAACCAAUCAAUUUUAAGUUUUUAAUGGCUUUUUUAGAAUUUCUUUAGUAUUUUGGCUGUGACUGUACUAAAAUAAAUUGCACUUGAAGACCUAAGAGUGAUUCUUAAUGCAAUAUUUAAAAAAUGCAUGGGGUGUCCGAAAACUUCU